AUGAAAGCUGUAUUGAUGAUGUAUAAAGUAUUUUUGAGGUUUCCAGAAGCUUUAAGGCCUGCUUUUCCAAAAUUAAAAGAAAAAUUGGAAGAUCCAGAUCCUGGAGUACAAUCAGCUGCUGUAAAUGUGGUUUGUGAGCUAGCUCGUAAAAAUCCAAAAAACUAUUUAUCUUUAGCACCUGUGUUUUUCAAGUUGAUGACAACAUCAACAAAUAAUUGGAUGCAUAAAAUAAUUAAAUUGUUUGGGGCACUAACUCCUUUGGAACCUCGAUUAGGAAAAAAACUAAUAGAACCUCUCACUAAUUUAAUUCACAGCACAUCUGCAAUGAGUCUUCUUUACGAAUGCAUAAAUACUGUAAUAGCAGUUCUAAUAUCCAUCUCAAGUGGCAUGCCUAACCAUUCCGCUGCGAUUCAGCUCUGUGUACAAAAAUUGAGAAUAUUAAUUGAAGAUUCUGAUCAGAAUUUGAAAUAUCUUGGAUUGCUGGCAAUGUCUAAGAUUUUGAAAACACAUCCUAAAAGUGUUCAAGCUCACAAGGAUUUAAUUCUUGCUUGUUUAGAUGAUAAAGAUGAGUCAAUUCGCUUAAGGGCAUUGGAUUUAUUACAUGGAAUGGUUUCAAAGAAAAACUUGAUGGAAAUUGUGAAAAGAUUGCUAGGUCAUAUGGAACGUGCUGAAGGUUCAACAUAUAGAGAUGAACUAUUAUGCAAAGUUAUAGAAAUUUGCUCACAGGGUUCAUAUCAAUAUGUGACUAAUUUUGAAUGGUAUUUGACAGUAUUAGUGGAACUGACCCAAUUAGAUUCUGGUUCGAAACAUGGUAAAAUAAUUGCAACACAGAUAUUAGAUGUUGCGAUUAGAGUUCAGGCUGUUCGCAAGUUUGCUGUUCAAGAAAUGUCUUCAUUAAUUUCUACCAUGGUCAUUUCGAGCACGAGUGGAGGAAAUAUGUCAGAAGUUCUUUAUGCUGCAGCAUGGAUAGUUGGAGAAUUUUCUAAUGAUUUAGAAUCUCCUGAAGAUGUUCUUGAUAUACUUUUAAAACAAAGAACCCUUCCUGGACAUAUUACAGCAGUUUAUAUUCACAAUAUUAUAAAAAUAUUAUCAAAUUUAUUUGACAAGUAUGCUGAAAGUGGAGAUAAAGCAGCUAUGAUAAAGCUAUGUGAUAAGACCAUGGAGGGUCUGCCUAUUUAUUUAAUGUCUGGACAUAUUGAAGUUCAAGAACGUGCAAGUUCGGCAAUCAUGUUAGUGCAAUAUAUUAAAGAUGUGCUUCUGGGAAAAAAUCCAGAAGAAGCCAAUUCAAUUGUAACUAGUGAUUUGGUAUCAACAAGUAUCACAAAUGGUGAACUUGAAACCGAAACAGAAAAUUUGUCGGUUGAUUUUGAGAUUAUCAAGGAAGUUUCAUCUUUAUUUAAAGGCGAGUUAAAUCCAGUAGCAUUGAAGGCUCAAAGAAAAGUUCAAAUUCCAGAAGGAUUGGAUUUGGAUGAGUGGAUAAAUGACCCACCUAGUGAAAGCAGUUCAUCUUCAUCAGAUGAAUGCACAGAUAUAUUUACUGCCAAUAAUAAAUUAGAUGAUGGGUAUCAAACAAGUAAGAGACAGGAGAAGGAACUAGAUCCCGAGGAAAUUAAUAAGAUUCGUGAAAUGCGGAAGUUUGAACAGAGCAAUAAUCCUCAUUAUCUUAAAGGCUCUUCAACAAAUGUUUCUUAUAAAAAGGCUAAUAGACACAAUAGAGUUGUAUAUAAUGAUUCCUCAUCAUUGAUAAAUGAAGUGGAGACAAUUCCAAUAGCGGAAUUAGCAUUAGACGUGCCUUUACAAAUUACAUCAACAAAACGUUCAGAUAAAUAUUUACAAAUGAAAUCAGAAAAAAAAUCUGAAAAGAAGAAAAACAAGAAAUCUAAGAAGAAUAAAACUAAAACAAAAGUAGAUUAUACUUCGAGUGAAAGUGAUGAAAAUACAGAUACUAAACAAGUACACAUUGUGAAUACAACUAUUGAAAUGCCAGAAGGAGCUAUAUUGUCAGACUCUGAAGAUAAAAAUCUAUCUAAACAUGAUUUUAUUGAUCCUCAUAGAGCGUUGGAUAUAGAUUUAGACAUGUAA